AUGAGAAGUUUGUUGUGGGAUUGCUUCAUAGAUGAUGAGGUACUUAUGCUUGUUGUAGAAAGCACAAAUGAGUAUGCUGCACAAAAUAAUGAUCCUGAAUUUGUGACAACAAUGGACGAAGAAAAGAGUUUCCUUGGCAUUUUGUACAUUACUGGCUAUCAUACCUUGCCUAACAUACCAGCGUAUUGGUCUAAUCGGGAAUCUCUAGACUGCGAAUAUAUAAAGAGAUCUAUGAGCCGUGACAGAUUUAAACAAAUCGAGAAAUAUAUACACGUUUGUGAUAACCAAAACCUUCGGCCGAGUGACAAAUUUGCUAAAGUAUCGCCGCUCAAUGAUACCUUGAAUAAAAAGUUCAUGCAGUUCGGCGUAUUCUCCCACAAUUUAAGCAUAGAUGAGCAGAUGAUCACUUAUUAUGGACGUCAUUCGUGUAAAAUGUUUAUAAAAAGCAAGCCAAUCCGAUUUGGGUACAAAUACUGGUGUUUGACAUCGGACGAUGGCUACUGUUACCAGUUCAUACCGUAUGCUGGUGCAGCUACAAAAUUCAGUAAUGAUUAUAGCCUUGGAGAAAACGUUGUUCUCCAAUUAUUGUCCCAUCUCGAACGUCCCGAGAACCACAAUGUGACGUUUGAUAACUUUUUUACGAGUUAUAAGCUGAUGCGUCGCUUGAGGUGUAAUGGGUACUUCGCAACGGGUACUGUGCGUGAUAAUCGAACUAAUUAUGAUCCUCUGGUGUGCACAAAUAAUAUGAAGAAAAGACCGAGAGGCAGCUCUGAUUUCGUAUUUGAUAGAAAUAGCGAAGUACUAGUUACACGCUGGAAUGGCAAUUCGGUUGUAACUAUUAUGCCAAACUUUCUUAAACAUGAGACACUACGCCAUGUUAAGAGAUAUGAUCGCAAAGGCAAGAAAAUGAUUACUGUUCGCCAGCCGUUGCUCAUUCACGAGUACAAUCAUCGCAUGGGUGGCGUAGACUUGUUCGACAAUGCUAUGAACAAUUAUCGCAUUAAAAUUCGUGGAAAGAAGUGGUAUUGGCCAUUGCUAACGAAUGCUUUUGAUGCAGCUAUGGUUAAUGCUUGGAAACUGAAAUUUUUUUGUGCAAAAUAUGAAAAGUCCAAGCCGAUGAAUCAAUUCGAUUUCCAUGUGGAAGUUGUGGAAGCUUUGGUACUUGAUGCACGUACUUUUAAACGACGAAUAACCAACCGAGAUGGAGGCCAACGAACAGACGGUUUGAAUCACAUUGUAGAAACAUGUUGA